AUGGAUAGUCCUGUUUGUAGCCCAGAUGGGGCAGUAGAUUUUGGCCAAGAUGGCAUUUCUGCAAAAGCAGAUAGUAAUUUGUGUGGCCAAGAUGGCGACCCCAAAAAGUGGGGUGGUUAUUGCAUCCCUAAGAAAAGUUUGCGCAAGGGGGCUAUUAAUAAAGAUCGUUAUGAAGACGACAGUGAAUCGACCGAUCCUUAUGAGGAUCAUAGUUCAUCAGAUGAGGAAGGCGAAAUUGACAAUUUCACUUACAAGUCGCCCCUGACACUGUCGCACACCCGAGACGAGCCACAGGCCGACUCUGACGAUGAAAUGGACGCUAAAAGUUUUGACCACCCACUCAUUGAUGAGACGGAAUACAUGCUAGAUAAAAACAAGGCAAAGUAUGCCAAAAAGUAUUUCAAGCUUCAUUUGUCAGAGGACAAAAUUCGCUCCAGCAUUUUGGAAGACGCGCCUAUACCAGGCAACCAUUUUUUGAAUCCUCCAGAUAUCGACAAUUAUCUCUCGGACUUAGUGGCGGAUCACAAGUCAAUGAAGUUCUUGAAAAUGCACGAUUCUUCACUAAAAUUUGUACAGAAACGAGUUUCUCAGUGCAUGGGACCCUUAUCUAGAAUUUUGGACGAAAUGGACAAAGCUGAUGAGGGCAGCAAGUCUAGUCUGGAAAUAGAAGUGGUGAACUUCCUUGUAAAAACUAAACUCAUGAUUGGUCAAGUGAAUGUUGCGUGUCUUUACGAACGAAGACUGAAUUUCCUUGCAAAAAUUCUCGAAAGUACUAAGAAAGCUAAGAGCAUGUUACUUGAAAACGAGACGAAACUUCAGGACGAUUACGUCCUCUUUGGGAACGACUUUUACACCACCCUGUACAGGAAGUCGAAAGACAGAAAGAGUGCACGAGAGAUGUCAAGGGACAUCGCCAGACCUGUCAACAAGAAACAAAGACAGAGUGUUGACCAGCCCUUUGGUCAGGGACCCUCUGGUGAACAAAGAAAGUCCAGAGGGUCGAGCUACUCAAGAGGCACAGGCAGAGGCGCCAUUACAAAGAAACAGAGGUAUGUCAAAUUUAUCAAUUACGUCACACGUAAACAUACCGAUAGUAGUAGAACAGAUGUCAAAAGUUCUGAGGGAUCAUCACAAUCUCCACUCAGGUUUACCUCUGAAAUUCCGCCAAAAUGA